AUGCUGCCGUCGUCGGCGCCACCGCCGCCCUCGGGCGCUGGCGCGCGCGAAGAGGGGCGCGAGGCCGAGCGACGCGGCAGUCCGCUGAAGGCUGCUCCCCCCGCGAGUUCAUCCUCUGCCUCGACGCUCUCCUUCGAGUCCUCUUCUUCGUUUCUGCCCCAGGGCGCCUCCUCGUCGUCGUCCGCCGCAGGCGUCCCGUCGUCGCUGGUGGGGCGUGCCUACCGCGCCGCCUUCCUGCCUGCCGCCGUGAAGGAUGAGGAGGCCGGCCGCGACGAGGCGUGCGCAGAGGGAGCGGGCGAGGCCCUCUCGCCGUUCGCGUACAACCCGCUGGAGAGCGAGCCGGAGGCGGAGGCGGGGCCCGUCGGGGGGCCGCCCUGUCCGCUCGGGACUGCGCGUGUGACCGGCCUCUUCAGUCUGCCGACGCCCGCGUGGCUCACCUCGCGCUCCCCGGGCUCGAGUCUGGCGAUGAAGCGGCUGAUUUGGACGCUACUCUGGCUGCUGUCCCUGUUUCUCACGCUGAGCUCGCCGGGGCCGCCCUUCGGAAAGUUCCACAUCCUCUGGCAAGACGCGCUCGAGGUCGUCUAUCGCUGGCCGGGCUUCGUGUACGCCUGCGGCUAUCUGCUGCUGUUUUACAUCUUCGCCGGGUUCGGCAGCGUCGUCACGCCUCGAAGCUGGCUCGCCGUCGGCUCCGCGCUCUUCUGCUUCCACCUCUUCGAGGAACACGGCCUCAACGGCCUCGAUGUCCGCCGCUCGCCCUUCAAGCAGCACUUUAACGAAACUGCCGCGGCGCUCGGCGCCCAGUCAGAGCUCCUCAGCGACCUCUCCGUCACAGCCGUCAGCCUCCUCCAUCUCGUCGGAAUCGGGAUGCUCGCGGUGUGGCAGGGGCCGUGGUACGGGACGGGCGUGUUUGCGUUUGGCCUGACGCUGGUUGACGGCCUUCUGCACGUUUGCAUGUUUCUGUUUUCGGGUUUUUCCUACAACCCGGGGCUUUUCUCGGCGUGCCUCUUGAGCAUCCCGUCUGCACUCUACUACUUCUUCCUCUUGGAUCGCUACAUGCUUGAAAAUAGCGCGGCGUCUUUCCUCCGCGCGCUGAAGCUCGGCCUGGCGCUCGGGGCUGCCGCAUACGCGCUGCUCGCCCUUGCCGUCCUCUGCCACCUGCCCGCGGUCGCCUACGUCGCCGCGUACCUCCCGCCCCUCGUUGUCGCCCUUCUCCAGUUCCACGACUUUAAAAAACUCGGUGGGUCGCCCCUCUGGGCGGAGCUGUGGUGA